UGUGGAUAAGUCAUAUUAUAGUAUAAGUAUAGGCACCACACCUCCGUAAGCCACAUUUUCUUCAUUUUGAGGGUCAAUUCACCUAUCAACAAACAAGUUUGGUGUACGUAUGGCUAAUGGCUUUCCGGUUGAUUACUUCAGUACUUAUACUGUGUGCAGUGUGUUUCAGUAUCUCAUAUGGAUCAAGAUGUCCACUUGGUUUUGAGUUUCUUUAUCCAUCUAAUGGAGCCAAACGUUACACUGAUUUUGGGGUUAUAGAUCAAGCUGAAGUAUACCACAUACCCUAUUGUGUACGAAUGGGUAGUGACCAGGCAACAUGGUUUGAUGCUCAAGCUGAAUGUGAAACCUAUAAUAGUUUUCUUCCAUAUUCAUAUGACUUUAUUAUCGAUUCAAAUCUUAAGAUAUUUCUACUUAAACAAGAUUAUGUAGUUGAUUUGUCACUAGCUAAGCUUGAACCAAAGACCAAACUUUCUUGUAGGUGUGAAAUGAGUGUCAAAUUAGAACUUUUGAGAGCAAGCCAGACAACAUAUGGAUACAUGUACAAAAGAAAGCAGAAUUUUACCAGUGGUUACCAGUUCCCAAAGGAUUUUUUGCUUCAAGUUAGUACUAUUCAUGGCAGUUUGACAAAGUGUGAUUCACUCAGAAAGUGUUUCUUCAAUCUAUGUGUAGGCUUGAAGGACUUAUUAUUAAACUUGUCAUCAGAUUCCUCAGUCUUUGUAACUGACUAUAUAUGGGAUGAAGAAAAUAAAGAUAUUCAUAAAUGUGUAGCAUUGAAAGUGCAUAAGUCAACAGUAAUAACAUACAACUGCCAUGAAAACAUAAAAUUACCAUUUGUCUGUGUCAGUCCAACAUUUUGGAAAGUUGAAGAGUUAUAUGACACUCCAUUCUGCAGAAGUGGUGAAAAGUUUUCAUACUUAGCAAAUGGAUGUUUGAAAAUUGAAAGUGAAACUAGAAAAACCUACCAUGAUGCUAUGGAUAGCUGCAUAAAACUUUAUAAGGGGAAUAUAAUUGAAAAUGAGUUGUUUUCGGAGUUGGUUAACACCAGGAUUGUCUUAGAUGGAGACUUUUGGGUGAAAUCAACAGAAAAUGUGAGAGGCCUUUGCAGUGCUUACGUGGGCAAUAAAAAGGAAAUGUUUGAAAAUUGUGAACUAAAACAUGGUUAUAUUUGUAUCAGUAGUGCCUUAAAGAUGGAUAUGAAAGUUUUUAUUCAGCCAAAUUCUAAAACUCAUCUUCUGGAAAUGCCUUCUUUUUUUAAAAAUGAAAUUUCCAACAAACAUUUGACCUGUGAGAUGACACCAAAAUAUAAUAAUGUGAGUUAUAUGUGGGUGAAAAAUGGAAUUUACCUCUCGUCCAGUAAGCAAUCUAUUUUUCCAACUAAUAUUAUCGACUAUACUAAAUGGUUUGGUACUACAAAUACGAAGCAAGGAGAAUAUGAAUGCGGGGUGUGGUUUCCUGGUUGCCUUAAGCCAGUCAUGUCAUCACCUGUUUCUGUGUAUUUUUCAGAUUUAAUUUCAUUAAUGAUGAAGAUUCAAGGCACAACUUUUUCUUUGCAUUUUGGUUCCAAAUAUUUUCCCAGGAAUCUGAGAGACUUUUUUAAAACUACAAUGGAGUUACUGAUUGAAGGACUGAAAGAUUAUCUACCAAAUCCAACUUGGGAUUUUGUGAAUUUCAAGAGAGCUCCUGAUUCUGGUGGUAUUGUAUGUGGAAUGCACAUCUUUAUGAAUAGUACUGAAACUUCUAGAAGUAAAAUGACUAAGGAUGACAUUUUAAAAGACAUAAAGUCACGUGCUUUAAAAUUGUUUUAUACCAAAACCUUCUCUAAUGUCAGUGUGGAAGUAAAUAUUUUAGAUUUUUGUGAUAAACAGGUGAAACAAAUAAGAGGUCAAAAUGUUACAUGGAAUGAAACUCGCCAUACAAAAUUUGCUGUUUCUGAUCCCUACUGUUUGAAUGAGUCAUGGCAGCUUGUCCUCCGUGCUUGUGAAUCUAGCUUUGUUCGUGGUUCCAGAUGGUCUGACUUUGAUUCUUCUCAGUGUGCGAGACUUCAAGACCACAUUACUGAGGAAAGUGAUAGCCCAUCAUGUAGACUAGGAUACAUGUACAAGAAUGUCUCUGGUUCACUUUUGUGUAUGAGAGAAGUUCAAGAUCCAGUUACUUGGAGUGAAGCCCAGAAUGAAUGUCAAAAAGAUUUUGCAUAUCUUCUGACUCCAGAUAUGUUAGAUCCUUUACUUCAGUUGUCAGACAAGAAACAAAAAAUUGAUGAAUUAAAAAAAGUGUUUGGUAAUUUUGGCAAGUAUUGGAUAGGAAUACAGAGCAUUGACAACGUUCUGCAUUAUAUAGGUUUCCAUCCCAAGCCAUUAAACUUAACAAAAGAAAAAUUCACAGGAAGAUGGGAAUCAGACACAUCUUCCAUUGAUAAAGUAUGUUUCAAUACAAAUAUUGAUCUAAAGAUAACAUCUAGUGUUUGUGAGAAGAAGUUACCCUUCAUCUGUGUUCACAAACCUUUUAAUCCAAAAUUUAAGCCAUUGCCAGUUUGUCCAUCCAAAUGGGUAAUGUCAUUCGUUCAUGACGCCUGCUUCUUCAUUGAUGAGUGGAGAAAAGCAACUUGGGAUGAGGCACAACAAAACUGUAAAGGAGGACAUUUACUGACUUUGGCAGAUUUGUUAAAAUACAAGCUUAUCCUGAAAUAUCUUAAAGAAAAGUAUUUUUCGAAAAGAAAAAUUUCCAAAGAGUUCUGGAUGGGCCUGAUGUGGAGGGACAAGACUUAUAAAUGGGAGGAUGAAAAAAAUAAUUCUGUUACAUAUGUUCACUGGAAAUCUACAACAGAUUUCAGCAAGACAGCUGGAGUAUUAGCUUUGAAUUUUGGAAAAGUAAAAUCUGAAGGAAAUUGGGAUUUAGCUGACCCUAAAUUGACUAAACUGUAUAUUUGUGAAAGACAAGCUAAAAGACAAACCACAGCAUGGGCAGAAGUACUUGUCCUGAAUCAAUAUUUAUCUUUACUUAGUGACAGGAGUUCUCAAAUUCCAUUCUUGAAAUGUCAAACAGAAAAUUCUCUUCCAAACAGUAUUGUAUGGUAUUUUGAUGAAGUAGUUGUGAAGGGUCACAGGUAUAGUUUAAUUGAUAACGAUGAUCUAAGGUUGACAGUUAGAGAGGUUCUCAGGAGACAUCCACUUCAAAGACAAGAGAACGAUGUGUUGAAAGUUCAAGGUUACUAUGAGUGUGAGACUGAACAGAUGAGACCAUUCCAAACAGUUAAAUCUUUUAAACGGUUCUUUCAGUUUGAUGGUUUCUGGGUUUUAGCUGCAAGCUUUGUUUAUGUUGAGAAUCACACUCUUGGAAAUGUUUAUAACAAGAACUAUAAAAACUAUUGGGAUGAGUUGAUAAACACAGAAAAUCUCUUGAACAAGUGUUUUUCUAACAAUAUGGAAAGAUUCCACUUUGUAUAUCAUGUGAGAAAGCUUUCUUGGGACACGAAUUCCACAAAGGUAAUUUUCAACAUAUAUGGUCGAAAAAGUACAACCAUUUCUGAAGAAACUGCAAGUGGAGAAGAAAAAACAGUCAUGAUAGUUAAAAAUUUGUUGCAAAAUAGGGAAUGUGAAUAUCUUAAGAUAAGGAAAGACAGUGUGAUUGUCAGAAGUACAUUGAGAUGUUUCCAGGAUGUGACAUUUGAUACAGUGAGCGGGACCAAUCUGACAUGGCCUCACACCCAAGUUGGAGCUUCUGUUAUUCCCAAGGAACCCUGCAUUGAAAAAAAUGGUGAUCCUGUAGUUCGAAAAUGUAAGGGAGAUUUCAUUGUGGGUGCUUCAUGGAGACCUGUUGAUGGAUCCUGUAGAGGAACACUCAGUAAAGUCAGCUUAGCCCUAAACGACUUAAGUCAGGUUGAAGUAAAAAAAGAUAAUGCUUUUAAUGUGUCUAGUAACAUGAAAAACUUGACAGAGAACCAUACUAUAUUUCAAGCUCUUGAUGUCUACUAUGUUGCAAGAAUAAUGGAAAAAAUUUCAUUUAUAAACACCGUGAAUGUUUCUACUUUACACAGCAUUGUUCAUGCCACUGAUAACAUUCUAGAAAUUGAAGAAUCAAUAUUAGAAUCUUCCCAGAGAAAAAUAAAUGCUACCAGCAUGAUUGUCUAUGCUUUAGAGAAGAUGUUAAACAGAACACAAGCUAAUGUCUCACUAUCCCUAAAGCAAGUAGCAGUGUCAAGAAGUGUAAAUCAUCAGUUUCAACCUGCUGAAGAGAUUCAAGUUGGAAUUCAGCUGUUCUCAAUUUCCUCAGCUAAAUAUAAAAACUCUUUGCAACCAGUCAAAUACAGAGAUGAAUUUCCUGCUUUGGAUAUUAUAGCUGGUAUUGACAUAACACCAGCCAUCAUACAGAACCAUAGACUGUCUAAAAAAUUUGGAACAACAGUCUCACUUAAAUUUACUGUAUAUAAGAAUGGAAAGCUCUUUUCUUCUAGUUGUUCUACUUGCAAAGGCAAUGCAGUAGGCCCAGUAAUUGGAGGAAACAUUGAAAUUGGUCCUAUAUAUGAUCUAGAUGAUCCUAUUAGGAUUGUUUUUAAUCUUUCAGAGGAGUUCAACACAAUAGAUAAAAAAACAUUACAAUGUGUGUACUGGGACCAAAGAUCUAAUGACAACAGUGGAAGCUGGAGCACUAAGGGAUGUCAACUUGGUGAGAAAAAGAGUAAUAUAUUGACCUGCCUGUGUGACCACCUGACACAUUUUGGAGUAAUUUUUAUGGAAAGUGUUGAUCCAGACAGUUCCUUUGAGAAAGAGCAUCAAACUGCUUUGAAGAUAAUCACCUAUUUUGGUUGUAGUCUUUCCAUAUUUGGACUUGCCUUAACAAUUCUCACAUUCAUUGUUUUCAGGAAAUGGAGAAAAGGAAUUGGUCACCAGACCUUAUGUAAUUUAGCAGCAGCUUUGCUGGGGUCUCUGGUAAUUUUUCUCAUUGGUAUAAAUAAAAAGCAUGGACAAGGUCUUUGUAUGCUGUCUGCUGUGCUGUUACACUACUUCUUGAUGGUUUCCUUUGGAUGGAUGUUGGUUGAAGCUGUUUUACAGUAUCUACGGUUUGUAAAGGUUGUGGGCACAUACAUCCCCAGAUUUAUGUGCAAAGCUAUGAUAUGUGCUUGGGGUAUACCUUUGCUGAUUGUGUCUUUAGUUUUCAUCAUUGACUACAAACAAUAUUAUUAUGGAAAAACCAUUUGUUGGUUGGCUCCCUAUGGUUUCUAUAUAGCAUUUAUCAUUCCUGUUGGGAUUGUUGUGGUUGUCAGUUUAGUUGUUUUCAACAUAGUUAUCUACAGUAUCUUCUGUGGCCAACAGAGUGAACUUAGAACCAACCAGUCUGAAAGGAAAAUUGCUGUAGCUAAAUUACGUGCUGCCUUGUGUAUCCUUAUCUUACUUGGUGCCACGUGGAUGUUUGGCCUUCUGUCUGUUAUGUAUAAAACAUCUGAAACACUUUUAGUAUUCCAGUACCUUUUCACCUUGACCACAACUAUCCAAGGCUUUUUCAUCUUUUUCUUUCAUGUUUUUCAAGAAAAGUCAGCAAGAGAGCUUUGGAAUCAUUUUCUUCAAAAAAAGCCCCAUUCUUCAAAUACAAGCACAAAUGCUUUAAAUCUUUCCCGAAUUAAUUGACAAAUUUAAUUGUUUUUUGAACUUGUAAUGACAGCCUGAUAACCAAAUAUGUCGAUGUUAGCAAUAAUUAGUAUCAGAAAAGGUACAGACAGUCAAGGCUGUAUUACUAUUAACAAUAUUUUUGGUUCUUAUCUUGUAGCUCUUGUUAUUAUGUUGUUUUCCAAAUGGUUUUAUUGCAUUGGCUGUGGAAAGUCAAUUUUGAUUAGGACUACUUUUCAUGAUUUGUUUUUUUGAACCGAAACAAUUUCAGAUUGUUAGAUUCAUGUAUGUUGUG